GAGCCAUGGAAAGGAACAUGAAGGGAAGAGGUAAGAUAGAGAUCAAGAAGAUAGAGAACACCACAAACAGGCAAGUUACCUUCUGUAAGCGUCGUAACGGUCUUCUUAAGAAGGCUUACGAGCUCUCCGUCCUCUGCGACGCUGAGGUGGCGCUGGUCAUCUUCUCCAGCCGCGGUAGACUCUACGAAUAUGCCAACAAUAGCGUAAAGGGAACUAUUGAGAGAUACAAGAAGGCUAGCUCUGAUCAUUCCAAUACCAGAACGAUUUCUCAAACAAAUUCACAGUAUUACGAGCAAGAAGCCUCAAAACUUCAUCAGCAAAUCACUAAUUUGCAGAACUCAAACAGGAAUUUGAUGGGAGAGGCUCUCAGCACAAUGAACUUAAGGGACCUCAAACAACUAGAAACUAGACUGGAGAAAGGCAUCAGCAAAAUAAGAUCUAAAAAGAAUGAGUUGCUGUAUAAUGAGAUCGAGUACAUGCAGAAGAAGGAAAUGGAGCUGCAAAAUGAUAACAUGUACUUACGAAAUAAGAUUGCUGAGAAUGAGAGAGUGCAGCAGCAUCAGAUGAACAUGCUGCCUUCAACAAGAAAUGAUUGUGAAGUUAUGCCUCCAUUUGAUUCUCGAAGCUUUCUGCAAGUAAAUCUUCUUCCUAGCAACAGACACCACUGGCAUCAACGCCAAAGUACGCCGCCGUUGCCGACGGUCGCGGCAUCGGCAUCGGUAUCGGCAUGUGAGGCGGCGGCGGCGGCGGCUCGCAAUCAUUGCGAAGCCUGGCUUUCUUCGCCCACCCGAUUCCCUCUCCAUCCCCAACCCCCGCCCUGGUCUUCAAUCGCCCGAACAUCUGCGGAUCUUCGAAAACCUUCAGCAAAAACCCAAGCAUCUGAAGCGGCCUCCUCUCCGUCUCCCGCACUCGCCUCCACAUCCUCUCCAGCCUAUCCUCAAUCGCCUUCUGCUCCUGCUUCAGCCUCAACACCUCCAUCGCCACAGCCUCAUCUUCUUCAUCAAUCUCAAAAUCCUCUACCCUUCCCUUCCUCUUCCGCACGAUAUGGCACAACAGCUGCGUCUGCCCACGGAGAAACGACCCGUGCGCAAACUCCCAUCGAUCCGGUUCAACCUUCCUGAAUCCCUGCAAAACCCCCCCGAAAUCCUGCCAUCAGGACGAAAUAACAAAUAAAUAACCCCUAAACUAGAUCAAACAAGAUCGCACAUAAGUGUUGAGCUGACGGACGAAGCUAGAGAAAUUGCUGUGUUUGAAAUAGGCGGGAAGCA